AUGGAGGCUCCAGAGUCCAACUGUUCUGCCCCAGCUGCCAGGGACCAGCCAGCUCCUGCACCUGGGCCCCCAGGGCCCCCAGCUGGGCAGGCCUCACCUCACCUGACUCUGAGUCCUGUCAUCUUGCCACCAGAGCAGGGCCUGCCCUCCACCGUGCUCCUGAAGGCCCUCCCCAUCCCACUGUACCACACGGUGCCACCUGGAGGCCUCCAACCACGAGCCCCUCUAGUGACAGGCAGCCUGGAUGGGGGCAGUGUGCCCUUCAUCCUCAGUCCCCUGCUCCAGCCUGAAGGGCCUGGCCCCACCCAGGCAGGCAAGCCAGCUGCCCCAACACUGACAGUGAACAUUGUGGGUGCCCUGCCUGUCCUGUCCCCAGGCCUGGGGCCCACACUGGGCAGCCCAGGAAAGGCACGGAAUGCCGGCAGGUACCUCUGCCCACACUGUGGCCGGGACUGCCUGAAGCCCAGUGUUUUGGAGAAGCACAUCAGGUCCCACACGGGUGAGAGGCCCUUCCCGUGUGCCACCUGCCAUAUCGCCUUCAAGACCCAGAGUAACCUCUAUAAGCACAGGCGGACACAGACUCAUCUCAACAAUUCCCGGCUAUCCCUGGAGUCUGACGGGGGUGGGAGCAGCCUCCCAGAGGAGGGGGACAGGGUUGGAGAUCUCUCCACAGCAGAUGGCAGCGGGGAGAGUCGGAACCAGAGGACGGGUGAAGGAGCACCAGAGACACCCCUCUCCCCAGAUGCCCCUCUGUCCCUUGUUGCCAAGAACCAAGGUGUGAAGGCAGAAGCUGCUUCCUGUCCAGGGUCCACACUUGCCCACAGAGAGACCUCUCUGGACUCCACCCAGAUGGUGUCACCUGGGAUCUUGCUGGCCAGCAUGCAGCCCCCGCGGAAGCUGCCAGAACUGAAGACAUGCUCCCUGCAACGGCAGCAGGAGGCUUCCUCCGAGAAGCCCUGGGAAGCCAAGGUCCCGGAGGGCCGACUGAGGAAGUGUGAGAGUACCGAUUCAGGCUACCUGUCCCGCUCGGACAGUGCCGAGCAGCCGCCUGUCCCCUCCAGCCCCUUGCACAGCCUGUCGGAGCACAGCGCSGAGUCCGAGGGGGAGGGAGGCCUGGGCACGGGGUCUGGGGGCACCAGGGCUGAGCCAGGAGUGCCAGGGAGCAGCCUGGAGCUGGAGAAGAAGCGGCUGGAGGAGCGCAUUGCCCAGCUCAUCUCGCACAACCAGGCUGUGGUGGACGACCCCCAGCUGGACCACGUGCGGCCCCGCAAGACCGUCCUGUCCAAGCAGGGCAGCAUUGACCUGCCCAUGCCCUACACCUACAAGGACUCCUUCCACUUUGAUAUCCGGGCGCUGGAGCCUGGCCGCAGGAGGGCGGCCCUCAGCCCCGCCCACUCGACCUUCACCCCUCUGGACAAGUUGCGGCCCCUCUUCUUCCACUCUGUCCCCACUCAGCUGUCCACCACUGUGGAAUAUGUCCCCCUCACGAGGAGCAAUUCACUGCCUUUUGUUGAGGGCUCCAGGACAUGGCCAGAGCCGCGGGCCCUGAAGGAUGCCUGCCCCAGGACACAGAAGCCCCUGAGCCCCAGGCCCACCCCAGCCCGGCUGGGCUGCCGCUCUGGGCUGACCUUAGCAGAUGUCCCCAGUGGCCACCCCCGGGCCCUGGUCAGACAGGCUGCCGUGGAAGACGUGCCAUGUGCCUUUGCGGGAGACACCUCGGCCCCCACGGAGGACCCUGGUGGAAAGAGAACCGUCACGGCUGCAGGGGAAAGCUGGAAGGGCAGAGCGACCAGUAAGAAGGGUGGCCAGCGGAAGCUGAAGAUGUUCUCCCAGGAGAAGUGGCAGGUGUAUGGGCACGAGACGUUCAGGAGGCUCUACCAGAAAGUGAAAAGCAGCCACCAGGGAGGCCAGAAAGCCAGGGAGGUGAGAGUGGGCCGUGGGACAGACCCGGCCCUCCCUGCCCAGGAGGAGGCAGUGGGCGGUGAGAGCACAGUUCCAUCCCAAGACAGUAGGACUCCCAUCCUUGAGGGCAUUUCUGUAGAGGCCAAGCCAGGGUCUUGGGGAAGCCUGCCAGCCCCUGAGGGCUCCUUGGAGACUGAGCCUCCUCAGCAGAGGAAGGCAGAAGCCAGAGUAGGAGGCAGUGACCAGCCCAGGGCAGCGUCUUCCCCAACCCUCAGUAGCAGAGAAUCACCCCAUUCAGGCAACAGGAGCCCUCUGCUUCCUCCAAAUGAGGGGCUAGAAACAGGAUGGCAGCUGCCCCCAGCACCUGGGACACUCCAAGGAGGUGACCUAGGAGUGCCCAGGCUGGCUUUGUCAGCUUCCAAAGUGGAAGGGGGCAUUCCGGGUGCGGGAGGCAUGCAGGAGACUGGUCCUUGCACCCAACUUGUCCUGAGACGGCCCAGUGGUAGCUCUGGGGAGCCCUGGCCUGCAGAGGACAAGCAUCCCUCAGAAAGAAAAAAGCUGAAGGUGGAUGAGCAGGGACCCCUGGAGCAGCCAGAACCCCUAGGAGCAGAGACCCCUGGUGGCCCCGUGCAGGCUUCCUCCGUGCCAUGUCAGACGCAGGAUGGUGACCAUGGGGAGAUGCCAGGGGGGACACAUGGGAGUGCCCAGCUGAUGGCUGAAGCCCUGGACUCUUCUGAUGCCUCCUCAACUGCUCCUGUUGCUUCCCCAAGCUGGGCAGGGCCAGGGGACAAGGAGCCCACAUCGCUUGCUGCUGCUGAGGACCGGGGCCACCACUCCCAGCUGGGUGCUCCACCUCAGGCUCCUGGUGUCCUGGCUGCUCUGGCAGAGGGUGCCUUUACCCCCAAGUACCUUCUUAAGGUACCUCAGGGAGAGAAUCCCUCAGCACUGCUUGCCACCCAGAGGCCACAGCAGGGUCAAGACUCUCUUGGCACAACUGGGCCACCUGAGGAACAAGCAUCCCUUGUUGGACCAGGACUGGGGACACCCUGGUCCCUCAGCACAGGCUCAGGCCCAACCUCAGGUGGGGCAGAUGGCAUUCUGGAGCACCCCAGCUGGUUCAGGCCAAGGGAUGGAGGACAAGAGUCUCAGAUGGGAAGGGAGAAGAGAGAAGGGACAGACAGCAGAGUGCCAGCAGCCAGGGAAUCUCCUGGCUCAACCACAGGGCCCCCCUGGGAAAUGACCUCCUUCCCGGACACCCCCUCGUGUGAUGCCCACGUGGCCCAGGAUGCAGGAAGUGAGGGGCACGCCAUUCAUCGUCUUUGCAUGGGCAGUACAUUGGCAAGGUCCAGGACAUCUGAGGGUGUCCUGAAUCUGUGGACUCCCAGUGGGGACCUGAGGGGCCCUCAUGAGGAUGCCCCAGAAGGCCUUUCUUCAGAGCCACCGGCACUGCGCACCCCCUGCUGCUCCCUGCAGCCUGGUUCCUUCCUCAGGGCUCUCACCAGGCCCCAGGGUAUGUCUCUGGGCCAGCCAGAACGGGCCCUGUCACUUCACUUAGGGACGCCCAGGAGCUGUGGGGCCCAGAGCCCCUUCCCCUCGCUGAGAGCUGAGCCCCGGCUCACAUGGUGCUGCUUGAGCCGCAGCCUGCCUCUGCCCAUGGAGCAGAAGGAGAAGGCCGCUUCAGUGUACGAGGCUCUCCACUUCCCUGGGGGCAGGCUCCAAGAUGCAGGUCCUGACGCCCUGCCCGUGAGCAACCGAGGAAGGACCAGGAGGAGCCCUGGAGGAGGAGAGCUGGUGCAGACACCUCAGCUCUCCAACCCAAUAGUCCCAGGGAUGAGGUCCCAGGACCAGCCAUCUGAUCCAGAAAGGAAGAAAGGACUGUUUCGCAGGAGGGUGAAGACUUCUCGUGGGAACAGCAAGCAGAAAAGGCUGAAGAUCAACCCCAAAAGGUACGAAGGGAAUUUCUGGCAGAGCCGUGCUCCCUUGAGAACCAGCAGACUGCGUAAGCCCCCAUGGGUGCCAAGAAGAAGUUGUCCCCCUUCCUUAGAAGGUCCAUGCCGGGCACCCACUUUUAGCCCCUGCCAACUCCAUGGUCUAAACCUGCAAGGAGACCUUGCCAUUUCAGAAUUUUCUCUUGGUUAUGGGAAUGAAGAAGAGAAGGAAGACGACUGUGGCCGCAUCUCAGAAAACGCCUCUCCUAGUUCAAGUUCAAGGACCGUCAGGGAAAGAGACAAAUUAACUGCGAAGGAUAUUUCUCCAUCUGCUGGCAAGCAUGAUGGCUGUUCUCAGCAGCAUGACACUGCUGCCCUGUCAGGGUUAUCCCUGCAAGUUGACACCUGUGUGGCAGUGGCAAAGGAUGACCCUACGUCUCGUGGCAAAGGUCUUGAGGCUGGAUAUCCGGAAGCUCAGCUGCCACCAUCCCAGGGUUCAGUCUCGGGAGAUCCCAAGCCAUGCGUCUUCUCUGAUGCUCAAGAGCCUCCUUCUUAUGAGUCCAAAGGAACCUUUCCCCACCAUGACAUUGCUGCCUCUGUUGCUGCCAUCUGUAUUUCUGUGGGGGCGGCAGCAGGUCACACAGUGCUGGGCAUUCACAGUGCAGAGCCUCAGGAGCACAGCUGGGCUGCAGGGGAAACUCUGGCCCAAAGCUCCCCAGACAGAAGAGCCAUCACCGAGGGCAUAUCACAGACGCCCCUGCCAGCAAAACUUGCAUCUGGACACAAGACUGUGGGCUCAGUUCCCCUGGGCUCAACCGGAAAGCUUCAUCUUGAAAUGCCAGCUUUAGGACUAAGUUCAACUCGUUCACACCAAGAGGAAGGGGGACACCAGGUGGCCUGUCCUUCCAGGGGUCAAUAUGGGUGUGGGGAAAAGGCCAUCCCCUGUCCCACUGUCCCAGGAACCGACAGUGGGAAACGCCAAGUACCUGGAUUGAUUACUCGCAAGGGCUGUGUGGUUUCUUCUAACCCAGGGCAGCCCUCAGAAGUCCCUGAGGCCCCUUCUAGAUCUGCGAGGAAGAGAAGUUUGGAAGGAAUGAGAAAGCAAACUCGGCUGGAGCUCAGCGACUCCAGCAGUGAUGAUGAAGACCGCCUGGUCAUAGAGAUAUGA